UAGAGGAAAGUGAAGUUUAAUAAGAAGAUGGGGAGGUCUCCUUGUUGCGAUGAGAAUGGCCUCAAAAAAGGACCAUGGACUCCUGAAGAAGAUCAAAAGCUCGUCGAUUACAUCCAAAAACAUGGUCACGGAAGUUGGAGAGCUCUCCCAAAGCUUGCAGAUCUUAAUAGAUGUGGGAAGAGCUGUAGGUUAAGGUGGACAAAUUACUUGAGACCUGACAUAAAGAGAGGCAAAUUUUCUCAAGAUGAAGAGCAAACAAUUCUACAUCUUCAUUCAAUUAUCGGAAACAAAUGGUCAACUAUUGCUACCCAUCUACCAGGCCGGACGGACAAUGAAAUCAAGAAUUUCUGGAACACCCAUUUGAAGAAGAAGCUGAUUCAGAUGGGUUUUGAUCCAAUGACUCACCAACCAAGAACUGACUUCUUUGACAGCUUGCCUCAACUCAUAGCCCUCGCUAACUUGAGAGACCUAAUGGAGCAUCGUCCAUUAGAUGAACAUGCCAUGAGAUUACAGGAAGAAGCUGUCCAGUUAGCUAAGCUUCAAUAUUUGCAGUAUCUUCUCCAAUCAGCAGCUUCAAUCCCCUCCACCAACUCUUACGGCCAAAAUGGUAUCACAGACAUGGAAGUGCUCAAUCUGUUGAAUUCAAUUCCUCUCAUAGAAGAAAACCUAGUAUUAAAUUCAUUAGAACUGGAGAAUCAAGGCUCAAAUCACUUUGCAAAUGCAACCUCUCAACUACUCCACCAUCCAAGUGUAUUAUCUCAAUUAUCUGAGCCACAAGUCCCUUUCAGUUAUCAACCAUCUUUGAAUACUGAAAUGGGUCAAGCUCCAUUUCUAACUACAAUGCCUAGCCAGGAAGGUAAUAACCCAUCUGAUUUUUCUUGGGUGCUUCCUUCUCCUACUCCUGUUCUUGCAACUGUAACCGACACUUCCAUAAGCAAUCCAGGUGAUGCUAGCAGCACAACUUCUAGCUAUGGUGGAGGAACUUCUUCAUAUUGGCCUGAGCAUUUUUUUGAAGAUCCUAUUAUGCAUGAGAUUUCCUAGUUAUACUUUCUGAUAAGAGGUUUGGACUUGUAUCGCCAUGUAUUUUCUGAUAUUCUAGCCAUCCCAUCUCUUACGUACACAAGUCCAUGUAUAAGCACAUGUAGCACAAAUCUGCAUGCAUCUGCAUGAAGUCAUGUGUAUACAACUUAAGCAUGUACACAAGAUUUUUAUAUAUACGCAUUAUGUACAUAUUCUAUA